AUGCAGUCAGGUCCUUCGGUAUCAUCAAAGUCUCGGGCUUUGCACUUUCUUAUGAGGUCCACGGCCUCGUCCGGUGAGUUUUGCAGCAUUCUCGACAUGCUUAUGGCUUCUCCGCCAUCUCCAGCUCCCCCAAAUCCAUCAGGCCUAGUGGUUUCCAAACCUAGUUUUACCGAGCAUUGCAACUCCUUUGACUCUCCACUACGAGUUCUCCUCAAGACUAGGCCAGGAGACGCCUAUGCACUGAAGAGGGUCAUUAGCUCUGGGUGCGAUGUGACCGCAAAAACAGAAAAAGAGCUCAUUUACUGGGCUAUGUCUCAAACUAGUCCUCGUAUCAAGACCGAAUGCGUGCAGGUAUUGAUCCAACUCGGAGCGAAUGCCAACUACAGGGUCCCAAGCUCUAAUGAGACCAUGCUUUUAAUGGCUAUUAGGACCGGGCGGACGGCGUUGAUCGACGUACUAAUUAAUGCUGGUGCGGAUGCUGAUGCAGUUAACGAGAGAGGGCAAUCUCCACUGCUCCUUGCCAGCGAACUGGGCAACUCUGCCAUAGUACAACGUCUAAUUGCAGCAGGGGUGAGCCUCAACAAUGGAAGCCUCCACCAGGCUGUCCGAUCCCUGCUGCCGAAGGUUGUGAAAGUCCUGCUCCAACAUGGAGCUAACCCGAACUACCGUUCGCAAAUGCACGGUGGCAGGACGCCCCUCGGAGAGUUUUGUUUGACGGCGAAAGUGACAGCAUCGUCAUAUCAAGCCGCAGUGGAGGUCUUGACCGAACUCGAGAGGAAAGGGGCGGAUGUUGAGGAGCGAAAUGAGAGGAAGCCAUUGAUCUGCCUUGCUCUUGGCAAUUCCGACCCAGUCAUGGUAGUCCAAGCAUUUAUGGCUGCCUGCCUGCCGAAUAGACGCAUCGACGAAGACUUCAACCUCUACGAAGAAAGUUCAAUGGUAUACUCACCAACGUGUUACGUUUCGGAAGGAAAAUUCCUAGGUCCCCCAGCAUUAGCACAUGAACUUGGGAAAAUUUUGAGAAGGUACGGCUGCAACAGAGAUGUCUACUAUAGUCUCACUGGACUGCAGCCUGAGCGCGCCCGGGGCAUGCCAUCUUGGAUUGCCGAGAAGGAGGCAAGAAGGAUAGCCAGAGAAGAGCAAAUAGCGGAAGAUCAGGCAGACCAUCAGCGCAGAAUCCAACGCGCGGAUGAGGAGGAAAUCCGGCUGCGGAGGAUUGAGCAACAGCGGCACAGGCUCAUAUAUCAGCAACAUGAAGACCUAGGUAAGCAGAGACUUGAACAAGCGCGUCAAUUAGCCAGUGUUGAGCGGGAGCGGAGGGACUAUGACUUCCAACAUGAACAACAGCGCCAUCACCUCCGUUGGCGAAGCGACCAAGAACGGCUUCAGCUUCAGCAGAUUGAAUAUGCCCAUGAUGAGACACAUCGGCAGAGGAUGCUCGACAUGGAGACUCUUGCCUUGAGCAAAAGACAGGAUCUAGAGCUGGAGAAUCGCCGAUGUCUUGACGGCAUCAAACGGAAGGCAAUCGAGCACAAAGCUGGUCUGCGGGAUCAUCUCUCCCAGAGGGAACACAAUCGAGAGAUUGACCAGCUGGCUCUUAUGGCGAAGGCGCCCCUGCACCUCCUUGAGCUGGGUUGGCCGCAUGGUGGAGGCUACAUCAAGGAUACAGGUGGAGGCUACAUCGUGGACACAGACGGAGACUACAUCGAGGAUACAGACGGAGGCUCCAUCAAGGAUACAGACGGAGGCUACAUCGAGGAUGCAGAUGGAGGCUACAUCGAGGAGCUAGAGUGA